AUACUAGAUAUAAAAUAAAAAGAAAAGUAAAUGAAAAAAAAUAAUGGACAAGAAAAAAAAAGAAACAGAAACAAAAUCAAAAACAAAAUGCAUAAUAAAUUCAUAUUGAGACAUUUGAUUCAUUUGUAAUGUUUUACAUACAAACUAGAGCCCUUACUUAUCUUUAACCAUUAAUAAUAAUGUUCAACUCAUCUGUAAACAACAAGCGACAUAGAACUUUACAAGAAAGACUAGGAGGCCAAGCAAGCAGCAUUCAUAGAACAAACGCUGUUCAAAUCAGUGUUCCUUCAAGAAAUAAUAGGGACACUACCACCAUGAACUCUAAUAAUAUUAAUAAUAUUUUAGUCGAGCAAUUGAAGCAAGAUAAUGCUAAUCUUUCUAAUCGAUUAGCCAAUUGUGAGCAACAAAUUGGUCAACUUACCUCACAAUUGCAGAUAGUAUGUAAUACUUUAGAGCAAUUGCAACAAGAACCAGCAUCUUCUUCCGUAUUAACAAAGCAUUCGAUUGAUCACAGAAAAGACAUUAAGGCAAUUGGGGUAAAUUUAGUAUAUAUAUAUCAGUAAAUAAUAUUUACUAAUUGAUCUAUUGAUUCAUAAUAGAAAUUGAUAAGAAGUCGUUUAG